CUAGUACUACUACUACUACCAAGCAAGGCGAGUCGUGUUUGUCUUUCGUACAUCUCCGUGAAAUUUCGAAUUCUCUACUCUGAUUGUUGGAUUAAGUCUAGAAAUUGAAAAGCAUGACGAAGACAGUCAAAAACAAAUGUGAAAAGGAGCUUAAUACUGGCAAGAAGAGAUCUGUCGAUAUGAAAAAGCCUUCAAUUGACGUUGCUGAAGAAUCAGAUUCUGACUCGGCUCCAGAUGAGGGAACAAUAUCAACCGGAAAGAAUGUGAUCGUUGAGGAGAAUUUAAAGAUGAAGAAGGAAAUUAUGAAGAUAAAGAAGCAAGUUAAGGAAGCGAGAAGAUUAAAGCAUGAGAAGAACAAAGAGCAGCAGAUGAAAAAGCGAGAGCGACUACAAAAGCUGGAGAACUCUCGUCUCCCAGAAGACUUGUUAGAUGCUGUAGCAAGAGAGGAAAAAAAUACUAAGGAAUCGGCCGUUGUACGUGAACCAAAAGGAAAAAUAACAACGUUCAGUGAUGAUAUGCUUGAUGACCAAUUAUUGGGUGAUGCUGCUGAUGAAGAUAAUGUGAUCACUCUAAACCAAGGAGUACAAGUUAAAGCGAUCCAACAGGAGUUGAAAAAACAUGCCUCUAUUGCCAGUAUUGCUGCUGACUUCCGUUACAAAGCCCUGCAUAAGAAAGUAUCCAAUAGAAUGACAAGUGUAGCCCAGAGGCAGAUGCUAGUGAAGCAGAGGAAGAGUGGCAAAACUAGUUUGGGGUGUUUAUAAUAAAGAUAUCAAAUUUGCUGUA